UUUCAGAUGACCUGCGAUGACUGGAACAGUUUUAUUCAAGUGAACAUUUAUGGGAAAACUAUAGAAGGUCUUCAGCAACAGGGAGUUGUGUUGGAAUCUCUUUUGAACAAUAUCGGUUGCUCCAAGCUUUGGAUUGUGGAGGGCUCAAUGUACACGAGCUUAACUAAUGAAAGCUCUACAUAUUCUGAAAGUACAAUCGAACCAGUUGUUCCACUAAGUACAACUUUGGCCACUAACAAGCUUCCUCGAUUUUCAACUCCUGCUGUCGGCCAUUCAAAAUAUAAUUCUGCAAAAAAUUUCACAUUGAAUUUGGCUGAGAAGCUAUCGGAGAUUCUAUCGGAUGACGAUAAAACUGAUAAAUGCCUGGAGAACUCUUAUCAAUCCGAAACUUCCAGGGAAGACGUGAUUCAGGAUUUGCUCGAAGAAAUGGUACAAACUGUUGCCGAUGUUGAUCAAGCUCCGAUUCUUUUGAGCACAACUCUCGCAAACAUUGGUGUUCCCCGCUUUUCAACUCCCAUCAAACCACAAAAUGGUUUGGAUCGAAAGUUUACAAUGAACAUGACAGAAAGAAUUUCCGAAAUUGAUUCGAAUUAUCAAGGUUAUGAAUUAUUCGAAGAUUCCUCCAAUGACUGUACCACUUUGAUCCCCAACUGUCAGGAGGUCGAAUCGUCAUUUUAUCGAGCACUUCCUGAAGCAGCUAGUUCCAUUGUUCCAUAUCAGGAAGGAAAGAGAAGAAGCUCGAGACGUUUGAGUACUCUGAGUAGUCUCAAAGAAACUGUCAAAAUAGAGCCUACAGUUUCAAAGUUAACGAAAAGAAGACGGCUCACAUCGAUUGAAAGCUCAAAUGAAACCAUGGUGCCACACUCCGAACCAAUUCCACUGGAUAAAGAUGGAUUCUCAUAUGAACAACCAAUUAAUGAAUAUGGAGAUAAUGAAUCGUUUUUGUCAGCAAAAAGUCUUUGCACUGAGCCCAGGAGUUCUAUUUCUGAGGACGUGAAGCCGGUUUUGAAAGCUACGGAUUCAGAAAGAACAGUUUCGAUUGGGAAUCAUAUCGUUGAUCAUCAUCCAGUCAUAGAACUGUCAACUGAGCAUAAUACCAUGGGAGAGUUUCAAUAUGAUUUCGAUGAUGAGGAUACUGUGCUGAUCGGAAAUUAUGAAGAAGUUGGAACAGAAAUUGAUGAGGCAGAACAGCAGAAUGAGGAAAACAGUGAAGAUGAUGAAGAGGAUGAGAGCCCGAUUCCUUCGACGAAAAAAGUUUCGUUUGCUGUUCCAGUUGUCCAACGUCUUAACAAGCGAAACGAGCAAAUGAAUAAAAAUCAUAUUAUUAAAUGUAAUUUCGAAGGUUGUAAGCAAAUUCUCUCGUGGAAACUUCGAUACGGCAAACAACGACUUCUGGAUCAUGCAAUGACUCAUGAAAAUGAAAAGUGUCUCGUUUGUCGCACAUGUGAAUACUCUUGCAGUACACAUCCCCAAAUGAAGUAUCACUAUCAAAAAAUGCAUCCAGAAGUGAGGUGUGAUGGGUUUAAUAUUCAGAAAGUGUUCAAUAUCGAAUUUGAUGAAGUGGCGAUUUUCGAUCUUUUCCAAAAGUGCUUCGGAGCACAUUCUUCCAUCAUCGGAAAUAUUGGGAAACCGCGGAGAUAUAAAAAAUGUAAAAACUCGCUGAAAAAUACUCCAGAAGUCGACAAUGAGAAUGUAGAUAAAGACUCUCCAGGACCAUCACACGAUCUUUUCUAAAUUCGCUGAUCGUCUUUCGCUACGACUCUGCACAAUGUGUUAUUUGUCAACUCAUGUAACAUUUGCAAUGUUUUUUAGUAAUAGUUUCAUUGUUUUGUUUUGUUUUUUGUUUGUUAUUGUCGAGAUAAACUUAUAAAAUAUGUUUUUCAUUAAAAAAUAACUUGUUUUGUAAAUUUUUUGUCCGCGAGUUUUUCAUCUAUAAUACCUUUUUUGACUAUUAAAUUCAGUUCUGUAUAUAUGUGAUAUCACUAAAUUUUAAUAUACCUUCUUAAAGGCACACGGAGUUAUUCAGAUGGGCAUCGAGGCGCAAAAAGUUUAUGGUACUUUUCUUUAACUUUUUCGGCUGCUUCAUUCCUUUUUUAAAAACAUUACUUCGUUUUUUGCUAAUUUUCUUAUUAACUUUGCAUUUUUCUGUUAAAUUUUUUUAAUAUCCUUCUUCGUGUAAAACAUGCA